AGCGUUUGUCUAUAUCUGCCAUGGUGAAUGAUACCAUCGACAUUGCCUCGCAUAUUUUAGAUUUUAAUUUUGACUCUUCCGUGACACAACAGCAACAACAACAACAAAAACAACAAGAAACGUUACAACGUUCCGCUAGUAAUAAUACACUCAGAAAAAAUCAACAGAAAGUGCAUCAAAAAUUAGCCAAACAGGAUCAACAGGAUAAGCGAAAUUCUGUGAAUCUACAAAUUCUACCCAGCAGCGCUGAGAAUUUAAGCUGGACAUUUUUCGAUCAAAUCUCUACUUUGGACAAUCAAUUACGCGGCGAUGAAGAGUUGCAGCUGAAUACUCCCGGAGUAAAUGGCUGCCAUUUAAUGUCUACCUCACCCACGCACACAUACGAAGUGCAAGAAGACAUCGAUGCGGCGCUAUUGAUUAGUCACUCGGUAGCAUCUCAAGAGGCAAACAUUCGCAAAGAAAAUGGUUUUAUGCCACCAACCACAGCUACUAUAUCAGCUAACAACAAUACUAAAGUGUGCGACAACAUUCUUUCACAGCAAUCACCAGAUUUGAUACAAAAACAACAGCGAGACUCCACGGCAGGUGAUCUUCAACUCGAGACAGCGGCGACAUUUCAGUUCACAUCGCCAACUGCAACGUUUAAGCGUAAAAAGCAACAACAACAACAACAGUUGCAACAUCAACAAAUUGAAUACCAACUACGCCAUAACAACAAUAACUGUUUCAGCACUCAAACAGUAGUAGCAACAUUAAUUAAUAAUUCGCUACAUACAGAACAACAACAACAACAAAAACAACGAGAUUCAAAAUCACCUUCCCGUAACAGCAUUGGCGGCAAUAACUUGCAACAUGCAGCUACGGUGAGCACAUCGAUUUUGGGGAAUGGUGGCGGUCCGACGACAACAACAACAAUAACAAAAGAAACGCAAAAAGCAAAAACAACGAUUGUUGACAGCAUUCUAGGACUUGCCACAGGUGCUAGCAGUGUUGGCGCUGCUGGUGCUGCUGUUAGACACAUUGAAAGUAGUACAACAACCACACGCUCGCCACGCAAUCGCACUUUGCCACGAGUUGCCACAACAACAACAACGCCGCGUGCUGCUUAUGCCGCUGACAGUGUCGAUUUAGUGGGCAGCCACACAAGCAAAGCUUCGCCAGUGGUGGUGGUUGCAAAUUCACAACAGAACGGACACGACAAGCGACAACGCGCCACAAUCAAGGUGAAGCAGGCACAACGUCAAUAUCAACAACAACAACAAGAGAAAACACUACAACAACAAGCGCUGCCAAAGAGAAUGCCCAAAGGUGCUGCUGUUACUGGCAGUGCAAGUGCAAGUGCAAGUGCAAGUGCGAGUGCGAGUGCGAGUGGCAAUAGCAGCAAUCACAGCAAUAAUAAUAACAACAACAACACACUAUACAAAGGUAACAACGAUUUCAUGGAUAGCCUGGGUGCGCAUUUGGAGUUGGUGGGUUGGCGCAAGAAAUGCCUUUAUGGACUGCUCGUACUGCUGAUGCUGCUCAUCAUCACCAAUUUGGUGUUGACGCUGUGGAUACUGAAGGUGAUGGAAUUCACGACGGAUGGCAUGGGGCACCUGAAGAUAGUGCCAGGCGGCAUACAACUCACCGGUCAAGCGCUCAUAAUGGACAUGCUGCGCGCAUCGACAAUACGCUCUAGGCACGGGCAACCAAUUGCGAUAGAAUCAUCACGUAAUUUUUCAAUCAAUACACGUGACGCGAAUGGCAUGCUGGAGAAUCAUUUAUUUCUUGGGCACGAUAAGCUCGAGUGCAUAGCGAAGGAAAUUCGCAUCAAUGAUACCAAUGGACGAAAUUUAUUUUCUGUAAAUCAAAAUGAAGUCACAAUCGGUGCACACGCGUUGCGAAUUGACGGUGAAGGUGGCGCCAUAUUUCGGGAAUCCAUACAAACGCCACAUAUACGCGCCGAACCGGCGCGCGAGCUGAGACUGGAAUCUCCAACACGUCAGCUGGAACUGACUGCAGCAAAGGAUAUAAAUUUGCAAUCGCGUGCCGGAGCAAUCGAAGUGACUGCGCUAAAGGAUGUACGACUGAGUGCGCUGGAUGGCAGUCUGCGCUUGGAGUCCUCCAAAAUACUCAUGCCGAAUUUGCGUACAGCACAACCGCCUUCAUUGGGAGCGCCACAAAGUCGUGACCAUUUACAUCGUGUCUUCCAGUUAUGCGCCUGUUCCAAUGGCAAACUCUUUCUUGCUGCGCCACAUUCGAUAUGCGCCGGCGAUGAUAGUACCGUUUGCAGAUGAUUGCCAGAACGGAGACAAUAAAGCGGGGGAAAAGGCAUUCUUCAGUGGAUGGCAUGAAAAUAGCGAAAUAAAGAGGAAUUAAUAAUCUAUAUAUACGUAUACAUAGAAGUAAUAAAAUAUGUAUUUAUAUGAACGUAAGUGUAAGCACUAAGCCUAAGCAUAAACACAAGCAGGGGUUAAUGUAGAAUUCAUAUCGAUGUAAAUGUUAAAGAAAAAAAUAUUUAUGCACCCAAAGCAUAAUUAUAAGGGUAUACAGAGAAAGGUGUUCAGCUAAUUAGCGCAACCUUGAAAGCUGAUGGGGUAUUAUGCAUACAAGCUCUGAACUAAAAAAAGGGUUGCCAUCUUAGGUCAAAAUACCAAGGGACGAGUAGACUUUGCUUUUUGAACCAGCUACAAGGAUAAGCUAAUUAGCUGACAUCAUUAAAUAAACAAUGGAAUAAAUACACAAAUAUAUACAUAAAAAUUUGUUAGUGUUUGUAAAUAAAUAAGUCAAAUCUGUUAGUUAAUAGCAGCGUUGAAUAUAAAACUAAGUAGGCUUUAAUAAAUAUAUAUUAUUAUGAAAACCUAUACAAGUAUGCAUAAAUGUAGAUAAACAUGCAUGCAAUCAUACACACAUAUGUAUAUAUACAUAAGUAUAAAAAAUAGAACAGUUAUUGGUUGCUAAAAUUAAAGUGAAAAAGUGGCUGAAAAACCACCGAAUAAAUUAUGUUAUUAGAAAGUAAAUAUUUAUUUAGUAUUAACGCGUGCAUUAAAUAUACUGAAUAUCAAUAAGUAUUUACAUGCAAAGCAUAUGUAUGUGAAUUGUGCGUUUAUCUGGUAAGU